CGAAUAUUCGCCGGAGUCGGAAAGUGCAUUACAAUCUAUUCGAGAUUCCUGUCCGUGCAUCCCUGAGCAUAUCCUUUGAAGAUGUCCAAUCUGUUGAAUGCCACGAUCCCGGCAGCCGCUGCGGUCGCAGUCGACUCUCAGUUUGUGUUUAAUUCAACGGAUUACGUGGUCUUCUCCCUGAUGUUGAGCAUAUCCGCGGCCAUUGGCGUGUACUUUGGAUUCUUCGCCAAGGGCGAGGACACCACCGAGGAGUAUCUGAUGGGUGGCAAGCGCAUGAAGACCAUACCCAUUGCCAUUUCUCUGGUGGCCAGCCAGCUCUCGGCCAUUUCCAUAAUGACCAUUCCGGGUGAGAUGUACGGCUAUGGCAUUAAUUGGUUCUUCAAUGUCCUCUGCAUGGUGUUGGUGGUGCCGCUGCUCAACUACGUCAUCAUUCCCGUCUUUUACAACAACAACAUCACCAAUUGUUACGAGUAUCUGGAGUUGCGUUUCGACAAGAAGGUGCGCGUGCUGCAGACAUUCCUCUUCAUCUCGACCAUGUUCUUCAUGCUGCCCAUCUUCAUAUUUCUGCCAUCGUUGGCCUUCUCCCAGGUGACUGGCUACAAUGUGCACAUCAUCAAUGCCAUCGUCUGUGGCAUCUGCGUUUUCUACACGAUGUUUGGUGGCAUCAAAGCUGUGGUCUGGACAGAUGUUAUCCAAGCAGCCAUUAUGGUGGUCUCCGUGGUGUUGGUUGGCACCAUGGGCGCCCAUCGCGUGGGUGGCUUCGCCGAAGUCUUUCGCAUUGCCGGCGAGGGUGGACGUCUGGAUGUCAACUUCAACUUGGACUUGUCCACACGAUCCACCAUCUGGAAUGUCUUCUCCUCGGCCACACUCAUGUGGGCUGGCUAUGUGGGUCUCAACCAGAGCUGCGUGCAGCGCAUCGUCUCCCUGCCCUCGCUGAAGCACGCCCGAAGGUCUCUGUGGAUCUUUGGCCUCGGCUUUAUGGUCAUCAUGUUCUUCAAUUGCUUCACGGGCAUCGUGAUCUACUCCCGCUUCCACGACUGUGAUCCCAUUCAGUCGGGCCACGUCUCCAAAGUGGACAAAAUGGUGCCGUACUUCGUGCAGGACACUGUCGGCCAUCUGCGCGGCAUGCCCGGCGUGUUCAUCUCCUGCGUGUUUAGUGCCGCUCUCAGCACACUCUCGGCCAGCAUUAAUUCUCUGGGAGGAGUCGUCUACUUCGAUUACAUUAAGCCUUGCAUCCGGCACACGGAGCACAGGGCGAACGUGAUCAUGAAGCUGUUUGUGUUAUUCUGCGGCGUCUACUGCGUCCUCGGUGGCGUCGCUGUGGAGAAGUUCAACUCCAUUCUGCAGGUGCUCUACUCGGUCGGUGGCGUUAGUUUUGGUGCCACGUGUGGCGUCUUUAUACUGGGCAUGCUAGUGCCACGUGCGCAUGGCAGGGCUGCCAUCAUUGGAGUUCUCUCGAGCAUUGCCUGCAUGGCCACCAUUGUGAUCUUUAGCUGGGGACGCAACCACUACGACACUUUGCCCACACGCAUCGACAACUGUCCGGCGGUGGCCCUGAAUGGAACCACAACCACCACAACAAGUACAUUCUCCCCGCUCAUCCAGACAGCCCACAACCAAACCGAAGAAGGUUUCAGUAUCCUGGAUCUGUCCUUCAACUGGUACGUGGUGGUGGGCUUUAUCAUCACAUGGCUGGUGGCUGUGCCACUCAGCUACAUCCUCAAGCAGCGGGCCGAUUUCAAGCUGGAUCCCAAGCUCCUGUCGCCGGUGGUGCAGCCUUUCGUCUCCUACGAACUGGCGCAGGCGGACGAGCUGCACGAGCUGAAGACCGAGAAGCCCGAGAAGGCCUGAUGGGAGGGCCAUUAACCAUUAGAUAUGCUUAGGUUAGGCAUCGUAAAGAUAUAUUGUAUGUAAGAUAGGAGCCAGUUGAUACGAGUGCUGUGCACAUUUAGUGGACUCCAGUGCGAUCCCAUUCUAUCUAGAUCGGAUCUGUCUGCAGAAGAACAUCAAGAAUUGCUUAUCUGAAUAAAAGGCUUUAUCACUAUUGUC